AUGUUGUUUCUCUCAGAAGUCUCUGUAUUUUUAGCCUCUUUGUCGCUUGUAGUUGCAGGUACCGCACCAUACGCAACUGAUUCUCCUGCAGGAGCCAAAUAUGUUGCUACCUUUAGCAAAACUGUAACUGGUUCAGUAGAAUUUGCAACUGUCAGUAAUUCUUCUGUAGGUGUUACAGUCGAUAUUGAGGGAUUGCCAUCAAGCGGGGGGCCAUUCCUUUACCAUGUCCACCAAUAUCCUGUCCCUUCAAAUGGAUCCUGUCUUGCUACAGGUGGCCACUUAGAUCCUUACCAUGGUGUCGCUACCUCUUCUGAUCCAGCAGCAUUGGAAGUCGGUGAUUUGUCUGGUAAGCACGGAUCGAUCAAUGGAACAUCAAUUGAUACGUUCUACGUAGACAACUAUCUUUCAUUGAAUAAAGAUGACCCUGCUUACGUUGGCAAUUUGUCUGUGGUUAUUCACUACGCCAAUACAACCAGACUUGCAUGUGCAAACAUUGAAUUGGUUGAAGAUUCUUCUUCUUCUUCAAGUAGUGGUAAUAGCACUAGCAACAGCACUGGAAGUACUACUGAGAAUGGGUCAACUAGUGGCUCGACCGUAAGCACAGGUGGAGCUUCAGGUAACCCAUUACCAUACAUGUCUGCUUUCGUGGUUGGAUUACUUGCUCUUUUGUAG